AUGUCCAAGUCCGCCGCCGUGUUCUGCCUGCUGGUCGAUGCCUGCAGCGCCGCGCCCUCCGAGAGGCACCGUAGGCUCAGACCCGUUCUCGACGGCAGCAUCGUGGGCGGUGAGCCGGUGGACAUCUCGCAGUUUCCCCUGGCAGGUCUCGCUGCAGGUUUACGAAUCUCAUCAAUGCGGCGGCUCCAUCAUCAGCUCCACGUGGGUCCUGACGGCAGCGCACUGCCUCGACCGUUUAAGCGCAAACAUGCUGUUCGUGCGAGUUGGUACCUCAACUCGCGGAAGCGACGGAUCCGCAAUCACUGGCCCGCCACACAAGACUACGACUUUGCAGUCCUUGAGCUUUCCGGAUCAAUCUCGUUUGAAAACAACGUCCAGGCGGUCAGCCUGGGCAACUCGGAGCUCGCUGCAGGCACAGCAGUGACCAUUACGGGUUGGGGCAACCUCUCCUAUGGGGGAAACUCCACGGAACAGCUACGGGCGGUCACCACGCACAUCGUUGAGCGGAGUGAGUGUAACGCGGCGUACGGCGUGAGGAUCACUCGGCGCAUGAUCUGCGCCGGCGAAAAGGAGGGCGGCAAGGGCUCGUGCCAGGGCGACAGCGGCGGACCCCUGGUGGUGGCAACCACACAGCAUGGAGUUGUCUCUUGGGGCACAGGAUGCGCAUAUCCCGGCUAUCCAGGUGUCUACUGUAAUGUGCCUGCCGUGUCCUGCUGGAUAACCGAAACAACCGGCGUGUAG